ACAUGUGCUCACAGGAAGGCUUCCAGGCACAGAGGAGCCAGCUGGUGGCACGGUUGGUCUCAGAGUCCUUGGAGGGCUUUGAGAGCAUCUUGGACUGGCUCCUGUCCUGGGAGGUGCUGUCCUGGGAGGACUAUGAAGGCCUCAGCCUCCCCGGCCAACCUCUCUCCCAUUCUGCCAGGCGCCUGCUGGACACAGUCUGGAACAAGGGUGAUUGGGGCUGUCAGAAGCUCCUCGAAGCUGUCCAGGAGGCCCAGGCCAACAGUCACACCCUUGAACUGCAUGGCUGCUGGGACACUCACUCCCUUCAUCCAACCAGAGACCUGCAGAGUCACCGGCCAGCCAUUGUCAGGGGACUCUACAACCACGUGGAAGCCGUGCUGGAGCAGGCGAGGGAGGGGGGAUUCCUGAGCCAGUACGAAUGUGAUGAGAUCAGGCUGCCAAUCUUCACGUCGUCCCAGAGGGCAAGAAGGCUGCUUGAUCUCGCCACAGUGAAGGCAAAUGGACUGGCUGAUUUCCUUCUACAGUACAUCAAGGAAUUACCUUCACUGCCCCUGCAUCGUGAGGCUGCGGAGUGUGAAAGGUUCGUAUCGAAGCUGAGGACCAUGGUGGCAGCUCAGUCUCGCUUCCUCAGCACUUACGAUGGGUCAGAGAAUCUUUGCCUGGAGGAUAUAUACACAGAGAACACCUUGGAGCUGCGGACAGAGGUGGGCCCGGCUGGGGCCCUGCAGAAGAGCCCUGCCAUCCUGGGCCUGGAGGAACUCUUUGGUACCCAUGGCCACCUGAACAAGGAUGCAGACACUGUCCUGGUGGUGGGGGAGGCAGGCAGCGGCAAGAGUACUCUCCUGCAGCGGUUGCACUUGCUGUGGGCGACCGGGCAGAACUUCCAGGAGUUUCUCUUCGUCUUCCCGUUCAGCUGCCGGCAGCUGCAGUGCAUGGCCAGACCACUGUCUCUAAGGACACUGCUUUUUGAGCAUUGCUGUUGGCCCGACGUUGGUCAGCACGACGUCUUCCAAUUCCUCCUUGACCAUCCUGACCGCGUCCUGUUAACCUUCGACGGCUUGGAUGAGUUCAAGUUCCGGUUCACAGACCGGGAGCGUCACUGCUCUCCGACUGACCCCACGUCAGUCCAGACGCUGCUUUUCAAUCUUCUUCAGGGGAACCUGUUGAAGAAUGCCUGCAAGGUGCUGACCAGUCGCCCAGAUGCUGUGUCAGUGCUCCUCAGGAAGUUUGUCCGUACAGAAUGCCACCUGAAGGGCUUCUCGGAAGAGGGCAUCGAACUGUACCUGAGAAAGCACCACCGGGAACCUGGAGUGGCAGACCGCCUCAUCCACCUGCUCCAAGCCACAUCCGCCCUGCAUGGUUUGUGCCACCUCCCUGUCUUCUCCUGGAUGGUGUCCAGAUGCCACCAGGAACUGUUGCUGCAGAAUGGGGGGUUCCCAACAACCAGCACAGACAUGUACCUCCUGAUCCUACAGCAUUUCCUGCUCCAUGCCUCCCCUCCAGAUUCCUACCCCUUCGGCCCGGGACCUGAGCUCCUUCAAAGUCGGCUCCCUACCCUCCUGCACCUUGGCCACCUGGCUCUCCGGGGCCUGGCCCUGAGCUGCUACGUGUUCUCAGUUCAGCAGCUCCAGGCAGCACAGGUUGACUCUGAUGAUAUUUCUCUUGGUUUCCUGGUACGGGCCCAAAGUGUGGUGCCUGGGAGCAAGGCACCCCUGGAAUUCCUGCACAUCACCUUCCAGUGCUUUUUUGCCGCAUUCUACUUGGCAGUCAGUGUGGACACAUCGGCAGCCUCACUCAGGCACCUCUUCAGCUGUGGCCGGCUGGGCAGCUCACUGCUGGGUAGGCUGCUGCCCAGUCUGUGUAUCCAGGGCUCCAGAGUCAAGAAGGGCAGUGAAGUGGCUUUACUACAGAAGGCUGAGCCACACAACCUGCAGAUCACAGCAGCCUUCCUAGCGGGUCUGUUGUCCAAGGAACAUCGGGACCUGUUGGCGGCAUGCCAGAUCUCUAAGAGGGUGCUACUCCAGCGCCAGGCGUGUGUCCGCUCUUCUCUGGCUCAGAGCCUUCGUGAACACUUCCACAACAUCCCACCUGCCGUGCCUGGCGAGGCCAAGAGCAUGCAUGCCAUGCCUGGCUUCAUUUGGCUCAUCCGCAGCUUGUACGAGAUGCAGGAGGAGCAGUUGGCGCAGGAGGCCGUGCGUCGCUUGGACAUUGGGCACCUGAAGUUGACCUUUUGCAGAGUGGGCCCUGCGGAGUGCGCUGCCCUGGCCUUUGUGCUGCGGCAUCUCCAGCGGCCUGUGUCCCUGCAGCUAGACCACAACUCUGUUGGAGAUGUUGGAGUGGAACAGCUGUUGCCCUGCCUUGGUGUCUGCACAGCUCUGUAUUUGCGAGAUAACAAUAUCUCAGAUCGAGGUAUCUGCACACUCAUUGAGUAUGCUCUUCGCUGUGAGCAGCUGCAGAAACUAGCGCUCUUCAACAACAAACUCACGGAUGGCUGCACCUCCUCCAUGGCCAAGCUCCUUGCACACAAGCAGAACUUCUUGUCACUGAGGCUGGGGAACAAUCACAUUACGGCUGCUGGAGCUCAGGUGCUGGCCCAGGGGCUCAAGAGCAACACCUCCCUGAAGUUCCUGGGGUUUUGGGGCAACAGUGUGGGUGACAAAGGUACCCAAGCCCUGGCUGAUGCUGUGGCUGGUCACCAGAGCAUGUUGUGGCUCAGCCUGGUGGGGAACAACAUUGGCAUCGAGGGUGCCCAAGCCUUAGCGCGGAUGCUGGAGAAGAACAGGUCCCUGGAGGAACUCUGCCUGGAGGAAAACCAUGUCCGUGACGAAGGGGUGUGUUUUCUCGCAGAAGGACUAAAAAGAAACUCAAGUUUGAAAAUCUUGAAGCUGUCCAACAACGGCAUUACCUACCGGGGCGCAGAAGCCCUCCUUCAGGCCCUCGGCAGGAACAGUACCAUUCUGGAAGUUUGGCUACGAGGAAACACCUUCUCCCUGGAAGAAAUGGAAACACUUAGCUCCAGUGACAGCAGACUCCUGCUGUGACGUCACAGCCUUGGAAGCUUGGACUCUGGAGACUGAAUAGCUUCAGGCAGUAUCCAUGUGCUACUCAGGGCUGGACAUUUUCCCUGGGAGCACUAUAGUCACCUUGUGAGAGCAGAAAAAGGUGCUCCAGUGCCCUCCAGAAUUGACUUUUCCCAAGGAUGCAUGAUGGGUGGUCUUGGUUAACUGAACUGGUUUAAGAGACACGUGGGACUAGAGGACCGCAUUUCUGUGGGUGUCUAGAGAGGGCCAUCAUAUAGGACAGUAACUGAGAGGGGAAAGGACCUGACUGAAUGUGGGUAGCACAAUCCACUGGGUGCCCCAUGGGACGAAGUUGAGGAGGAGGAAGACAGCAUAUUACAUGCACGAGCCCCUCCCCUUCCUGAGUGAGGACUUCUGUGACCGGCUGCCAUCACCAUAGGACAGCAGACUUCAGCUUCUUCGGUCUUUCAACAUGGACCCAUCACCAGCGACAUUUUAGGGAGCUUCCAGGCCUCGAGCUGAUGGAACUGCUGAGGUGUUCUGCUUCUUGGUCUGGGCAGCUACCAGAUUCUCUGCCUCUCCAGAUGGCCAUUGUUGGACUACCCAGUCCUGAUGGUGCUCUAAGCAUGUGAUGAACACAGGAGGCCCCCUCUGUCAGUAUGUGGCUGGCCUCCAGCUGAAUGACCAGGGUUCUGAUGGGGGUCAGUCAGAUCCAUGGAUGGCAACUCAGGGCCUGUUGGUGUGGAGACCUAGACCCACAUGCAAGACACCCCCCUCCUCUCUCUUGGAGAGGAAUAUUCAGGAAACAGCUCUUAGUUACAUCUGGACUCAGCUCACCCUUUAAGGGCAUCCCACUCUGGUCUCCCCAACUCACUCUACAUGCAGCCCAACAGGACCUCAACCCAGACAGCCAACAUAAUACCUAUCCUGCUCUCCUUUCUCAACACAAAUAACAGCCAUUUGCCUCUGGGAUGUUCUAGAUUUACAAGCAAAACAUGAGCACGCUCCAGCUGGGACACACGUGGACUUGGGUUUCCAGUAACAUCCAUUACUCUGUAUCUGAGCCUUUGGAAUCCGUCCCUCCCCCAGCUGAAGCUUUUUAGAAUUAAUCUGGGCCAGAAUUUCAAACAACCCCACCAGGCCUUGAGUUGGUGCCUGUGAACCAAACUCUGACAACGGGCUUCUGAAGCAUAUUCAUAAAAGACAGCUCUAUUUUAUCUGUGACAGAAUGCUUUAGGAUAUAGAGUCAGGGGUUGGAGGUUUGCAGGGGACAAAACUGGGCCUUUUUUUUUUUUCUAAGCAAGGUCUUUUUGUGUUUUUCAAAAUGCCACCUUUGUAAUUUGUAAAUUACACAGAUUUUACUGCCUUCCAUGUCAUUAUGUGUGAAAACAGGUUAAUAUUUAUAAACUGCAUUGUUUUAUUUUAAGUUGGCACUUUUAUAGAAAAUGUGGUCAUGAACUUUCUGUUAUAAAUAACCACAGAGGUGAAACCUAUUGAGUUACCAAAGCUGUGUUCAUUGUGAUGAAACAUUUAAAAAUAU